UCUUUCUUUAACCUCUCAUACGCACACUCAAAGCUAUCCCAUGGAACAGAGGGCCAGCACGCAGGCUACCAGAAGAAGAUCACUCACUUGAAAUAACUUUUCAACCCCCUUGGUAACCGGGUAACCCAAAACUAACCAACCAAGAUGUCGAACUUUUCGCUGAGACCAAAGGGAUUAACUAAGUACGCGAGAACAGUUAUUUAUUUUUCAUAAAAGGGAUGAGGUUUUUUUCUUCCAGAAAUUUUCGCUUUAUGGGACGUAUGUCACGGACGGCCGUCCCAGGAAAAACGGAAUAAAUCGAAUCAAACACAGGCAAGCAUAGCAUAACGCUUCGCUGGGUCUCAACCUGCAGCUCGGUUUAACCCAGCGGACGGGCCGACUUCUCUGCGUGGACGGUGGCGGUGAAAGAUGCCAGAAUGCCCAAUAUGAUCCCCCGUCUGCUGCUCGUCUGGCUGAUCGUCCACAAGCUGGUGUGGUGCACCGAGCGCUCCUCCACACGGGAGCGCUUCAAGGUGGUCAUCGCACCGCUCAUUUGCAAACGGAUCUGUUACGCUAACGGCCACUGCCAGGAUACCUGCGAGCAAGGCAGCAACACCACACUCAUUGGAGAGAAUGGACGGGCGGGAGACACGCUCACGGGGCCAGGGUUCACCGUCGUGGUGUGCCCUCUGACCUGUCUGAAUGGGGGCGUGUGCGGCUCCAGGACUCACUGCCAGUGUCCGGCCGGCUUCACGGGUCGGCUCUGCCAGUACACCAGCCAGCAGAGCCAGCAGGCCCAGGCGGCGUGGGGCAAUAAGCAGCCCGUCUACCCCGUGUCGGUGAAGACGGACGGGAAGAAGCAGGGUGACCAGUCGGGCCUGGGGCGUGGCCAGCUGACACACUCCGUCUUCACCCUCCCUCUGGCCCAGGGGGGGGCGCACUCCUCAGAAGUGCAGAUCAAUGUGCGUGUUCACCACAACACCGACACCUCCGUUGUCAUCCAUCCCCUGGACCAAUCAGACAUCACGAUCCCCAGCAAGACCGUGACGCGGAUGAUGACGCAGAGACACAAGCCGAAGGGGCGGUGCUUCCAGGAGACCACGCCCAAACAAGCCUGUAACAGUACCCCCCUGCCGGUGCUCACCAACCAGGAGGACUGCUGCGGCAGCGUGGGCAACUCCUGGGGGCAAAACAAGUGCUACCAGUGCCCCAAACUACCAAACGCGUCGGUGAAGCACACCAUCGUGGAGGACUACGGCUCCACCUGCCCUCAGGGCUACAAAAGGUUCAACAGCACCCACUGCCAAGACAUCAACGAGUGCACCAUGCAGGGCGUGUGUCAGAACGGCCAGUGUAUGAACACCCUGGGCAGCUUCCGGUGCUCCUGCAAGCACGGGCUGGUGCUCGACCGCAACCGCUGCGUGGGAGAGCAGCCCGGCUGGAACCAGUCCCCUGCUGAGUACGCCCAGUGCUACUCCAUAGCUCCGCUGGACGGCCGCUGCGGGGGCCGGGUCCUGGGGUACCUCACCCAGGAGCUGUGCUGUUGCACCGUGGGUAAAGCCUGGGGGAAGAACUGCGAGCGCUGCCCCGCAGAGGACACUGCUGCCUUCCAGAAGAUCUGCCCCGGGGGAAAAGGCUACUUCUUCCAGAAAGUGAGGAAUACCUUUGCCUUCCCUCCCUUGGUGUUCCCCAGUCCGGAGAAAGGAUACAACAAGCCAGAAACCAAGCCGGUGCUGCCCCCUGAGACCACCACAGCUGGGCACCAUGUAACAGCCAGUACACACAGUCCCCGCGUGCCUGUCGCCAAACCCACUACUUCACCGAUUAUUAGGCUCAACCCACCAUACAUCCCCUUGGAAACUCAGACCAAAGUAUCAGAGACGGACGUGUGUAAGACGAGCAGGUACAUCUGUGGCCACGGGGAGUGCGAGAGCACGGCCAGCGGACACACCUGCCACUGUAACCCUGGUUACCGCCUGCACGCCCACAGGAACAUCUGCAUAGACGAGGAUGAGUGUGCGUCAGAGCCAUGCGGGGCUGGCAGGGGCACCUGCGUCAACACAGACGGGGCCUACCAGUGCCACUGUCACCAUGGCUACAAGCCCAUGGUGAACCAUGGGAGGCUAAAAUGUGUAGAUGUGAACGAGUGCUCUAAGCAGGACGUGUGCGGGCCGGGCGGGCGCUGUGUGAACCUCCCUGGCUCCUAUAAAUGUGAAUGUCACAAAGGCUUCAAGGCCCACCGGACGCAGACAUGUGAAGACGUGAACGAGUGUGCGGACCCCAACGCUUGUCCCGGGGAGCAGUGUGAGAACAGGCCGGGGUCCUACGAGUGUGUUCGCUGUCGGCCGGGCCACGAGGCGCGGGGGGGCACCUGCUACGACGUCGACGAGUGCCAGAAGGCCGGCGUGUGUCUCAACGGCCGCUGUGAGAACUUCCCCGGGACCUUCCGCUGCCUGUGUGACGAGGGCUUCCUGCCCUCCGCCGACAGCAAGUUCUGCCGAGAUAUUGAUGAGUGUGAGGACGACCGGCUGUGUGCCAACGGGCACUGUGUGAACACGGAGGGGUCCUUCCACUGUCGCUGUUAUGAGGGCUACCAGCGCACACAGGAAGGGAGUCACUGCGAAGAUGUGAACGAGUGUGAGAGGGCGUCUAUCUGCCACCGGGGGCGCUGCAUCAACAGCAUGGGCUCGUUCCGCUGCGAGUGCCAGAAGGGCUACAGGCUGGACGGAGGCCGACGGUGUCUGGACAUCGAUGAGUGCUUGGAGGACCGAAAUCUGUGCAAGCCGUUCGGGUUGUGUAAGAACCGGCCGGGGUCGUACGUGUGCGAGUGCAACUACGGCUUCAUCCUGUCUGAGGACAAGCACAGCUGCGAGAUGGUGGCGGUGGAGCAGGAGGAAAAGAAGGAGUGCUACCUGAACCUGGACGACACGGUGUUCUGCGACAGCGUCCUCGCCACCAACGUCUCCAAGCAGGAGUGCUGCUGCUCCAUCGGGGUGGGCUGGGGAGACCACUGUGAGAUCUACCCCUGCCCUGUCUACCACUCCUCUGAGUUCGGCUCCCUGUGUCCCGUUGGCCGAGGCUUCUACCACGAGGAGGGAACCACCGAAUACGGUCUCUCCCUGCACCGGGACAUCGACGAGUGCGUGCUGUUCUCCAACGAGAUCUGCAAGGAGGGCCGCUGCGUCAACACCCAGCCCGGCUACGAGUGCUACUGCCAGCAGGGCUUCUACUACGACAGCAACCUGCUGGAGUGCAUCGAUGUGAACGAGUGUGACGACGCGUCGCAAUGUCACCACGGCCAGUGUGUGAACACCAGGGGGGCGUUCUACUGCAGCUGCCAAAGCCCCUGGAGCCCCGACGCCACCAAGAAGAAGUGUGUGAUCGCCACCGUGUCCGGUGUGGACGAGUGCCAGGACCCGUCUAACUGUAAGAACGGCCACUGUGUGGACACCCCAGGGUCCUACUAUUGCAUCUGCUCCCCCCCCUGGACCCUGGCCACCGACCGCAACAGCUGCGUCACCCCUGAGGAGCAGGCCGAUGUGAAUGAGUGCCAGGACCCUUCGUACUGUAGGAAUGGGAGGUGUGUCAACACGCCCGGCUCCUUUCACUGUAUUUGCAACCAGCCCCUCACCUUCAGCGCUGCGCUCAAACAGUGCGUCUAUGACGACCGCACGGCGGCCCACAAGGAUGUCUGUUUCCGGCAGCUGGACGAGGACCUGAUCUGCAGCAUGCCCCACAACGACCUGGUGGUCACCUACUCCGCCUGCUGCUGCCACUACGGCCGCGGCUGGGGGCCCGAGUGCCGCACCUGCCCCCCGAGGAACUCAGUUUUCUUCACCCGCCUCUGUGAGAUGCACCUGGAGACAGAGUCAGACGGCGAGUUGGACUUCCUGCCUGCCUUUGCUUACAACCCGGGUAGCUUCUACAACCCAGGUGACAGCUCGGAGGAGGACUCAGACGAGUGCAGCUGUGCGAACGGCCGAUGUGUGCGCUCCUACCUGGGCACCAUGUGUGAAUGCAACCCCGGCUUUAGGCUGGACUCCACUCGCACGCGCUGCAUAGACAUCAACGAGUGUGCAGAGCCAGGGGUCCGCUCCAACCCCUGUAAGAACGCCCGCUGCGUCAACACCAAGGGCUCCUUCUCCUGCAUCUGUAAGCCCGGGUUCGGGCCCACGCGCCGGCCCAACAUGUGUAUGCGCACCAAAUUUCAGUAACAGCCGCCCGCGCAUCGCUUAAGUCCUUCUGUUUCUAUAUACCGUGCAUGUCAGCGUGCACGCCCAUGCUGCACUCCUGUUUGAUGGAUGAGAUGCGUCACUGUGCUCGCGCCCCUGUCUCACUACCAGCCGUUGAUAAGCCAUGGCGACGUGCGACAUCAGAGCCGGGGGCAGGCUGGUUCCAUUGAGAUCCGUGCGUUGCGUUUGGGUGAGGUCCCCUUUUGAUGUCACUAAAGGGGGGACUUUGAAUUCAACAGUUGUGGCUCAUCAACGUCAUGGCUGGCGGUGAAAUAGGGGCCCCUUAAAAAUUUGUCUGGUCGAUUUUUGUUUUGUGGAAAUGUACAAAUUCUAUCUUUGGCUGCUCUUUCUUUACUCCCUAUUUGCACAUUGAGACAGAAUAAUUCAGCACAGACAACGCCUUAGGUUUGUUUAAUUAAAUGCAUCCUGUAAUUAUUGUUUUGUCCAAUAUCUUUUUUUACAUGUGCAUAUUUUUUGUAUGUAAUUGCGUCCAUGUUGUCCCUUUUCAGUCUCAGAAUUUGAAAAGACUUUGAAAGUAAAUGUUAUUCCUACGACAGCCAAGUAAAUAGUUCAUUGUAUAGGGGUAACUGCUGUUUGUUUUUAACUUUUUAAAUAAACAUGUUUUGACAAUGGGUUAAUUCAUGAUUUAAAUUGAUUACACCGGUGAUGUUUGAUUGAUUGUACAGUAAUUUCCCCCUGCAUAGCUAGUAAAUCCUGCUACUAGCUGUUUUUAUGGUGUUUAUGAAAGGUGAGUUAGCUGAUCAUAAAUCAGCUAACUCACUUUCUUUUUGCUUGAUUUCUUUAACUAAAUUUAACUGAAAAUAAAUCAUUUCCAAAAAGUUAUAAAAUAGUGGGUAUCGAACCAAGAUACUUGAUGCACUUAUCGUCCCAUAAAACCUUACAUUGAUUCUCCUAAUAUUAUAGUCUAUGUUGACGUACCUGACGUUUCUACACGUAACCAGGAACAAAUUAACCAAUAGUGAGCUUCGAAACCCCUGUGGCAUGGUCCAUGGAAAAGUGUGCCAAAUAAAAUGAUUGAAAAUUUGAAAAAUACGAUGCUCGGUAUCGGCCACAAGAGGAGGCUGUUCGUCUGGUGCAUUAAAAAACUGUCCCAUGUACAUUUACAUUCCCACUAGCAGUGGACUACUGUGUAAUCAUAAAAAAAAAGUUUAUGUUACAACACAUGUAAGGCAUUAACCACCCUAAGUGUGUUUCAAGUUAAUUGUUGGUACAAACUCAAAUCAAUUCAAACAGUGUUUUCUACUUCAUAAUUCUUAAACCAAACCAUGUUUUAAUGAGGGAAUAAAGCAGUGUGGCUGUAAACCAAA